AUGUCUGAAAGCGAUUACUUUACGGCAAUGUUUGCCACAAACGAGUGGUUAGAGUCCAAGACAAAUAGCAUGAGACUUGAGGAGACAUUACUUCAGCCACUGAUUAAUGUACUGAAGAUGUCGUACGGGUUUAGAGUCGACACAAAUGAGUGGAAACUACAGGAAAUGAAUGAAACCAUAAUUACGGCCAAUAGGUAUCAGUUCCGGCGCAUAGAGAGUAUGUUAUCGGCAAAAGUGAUCCAAAGAUAUCCGAAAAUGAACGACAAGAACGCCGUGGAAGUGAUGGAAAUGAUCCGCGAUUUGUACGAAAUGUCAAAAAUGUGUCACUUAUUUGACUUACGGGAGGAAUGUCUUCACUAUUGGGACACAAACGCCGAUCGAGUGAUUGAAUCGUUGGGCAAACUAUACUUAGGCCGGGAUCUGGUGUUAGAAGUGUUGAGUCGCGACACGUUUGGCGUUCACGAAGUGGACAUCUUCAUGGGUUUAGUCGAGUAUCUGAUCCGUAAUAAAUCGGUUCUCACUUUUACGGCUAAGUUAUCACUGCUUCGAGUGAUUCGCUUCGAGAUAUUGACUGACAUAACGAUAAUCCGUACCAUAAAUCCGGUGAUCAAGUCAUUGGCCACUAAGAAGAUCUUCGGCGAGCGUCUCAUUGAGUGUCUCAUCGAUGACGUGAAACAAAAGCAUAAGAGAUCCAGAGGUCGACGAAUCACUUAUAAACCCCCGAAACUGUUACCACUGUUUGUCACGAAGAUUGAAGUCUUUAAUUGUUACUCAUUUGAAGAGUUUAUUCUACUAUUCAUACCAUUCCUGUCGUACGGCCUCCUAAACGACUCCAAACUCUUCGAAGCCAUAAACUCGGCAUUUGUGAGGAUCACCAACAGAUCCACGGGACCCACACCCACAUCGCUAUCAUCGGCAGCAGACGUACCGGCUGUUUGCUACGAAGACAUCGACUGUUUCGCGAAGAACGGGCCGUUGAGACACAUCGGGACACUACCGGCCCCUCCCGACAAAAUCAAUACCCGAUUCUUCGCGUUCAGCCGCUACUCAACGGGACAGGCGUUUGAGUUGAACGUAAAACACCCGCAAAGCCUAUCAAUCGUGGCUCAGGAGCAGGCCUUGGCUAUACUGAUCCACGGGUUCGCCAACGACGCCAAUAAGACGGAACUACUGGCCCUCAAAGACUCGCUCCUAUACUACACGUACGUAAACACAGUUAUAAUCGUGGACUGGAGUAGGGGUGCUCUGGCGCCCUGGUAUACGGAGGCGGCCACUAAUACACAAGUAGUGGGUCGACAGAUAACCCUUUUGGUGGAAAGCCUACGCCGAAAUGGUCGCACCAAUCCAUUCAAUGUCCACUUAUUUGGGUUCAGUUUGGGCGCACAGAUAGCCGGCUUCGCCGGGAAGUACUCGCAGAUGAAGUAUAAGUGGAAAUUUGGUCGCAUUUCCGCACUGGACGCCGCCGGACCCCUAUUCGAAGGCUAUCCCGGCUCCUAUCUCACCAAAUCGGACGCCUAUUUCGUGGACGCCAUACAUACCAGUGCCGGAAAUAACAUACUGAAAGGGGAGUUAGGUUUUCUGGGACCUAUUGGACACAUAGACUUCUACCCCAACAACGGCACCCGACAGCCCCGGUGCCAGAAAAGGAUAGUCAGCACAUGUGACCACAACUCAGCCCUCUAUUACAUGGAGUCGUCGUUGAGAAGUGCGGCCAACUGUACGUUCGUUGCCUUCAAAUGCAACUCAUGGCUGGAGUACGUGUCGGGCAAGUGCUCGGACAGGAUAGGAGUGGCCGUCAUGGGCUACCUGAGUGUGUUGGCCCGCAGUGGCGGUAACCACUACCUCAAGACUACGGCAAAGUAUCCGUUUUGUUGGGAUUAUAAACUCCGGCGGAAACAGUUUGGGAUUAAGACUAAUAAAAGGAAAUCAAUGUCUGUAUUAAAAGGUCGUAUUAAUGAAUGA